AUGAGCACGAACCUAGAAGGAGGCAUCGGCUGUGAAACCCCGUUUGCUCAUCACCUUCUAAGCGGUGUUACGAAUAUCAAUUCAGCUGCAGAAGGCGGCUUCGUUGCCUUCGGUCUCGCUUUAGGAGGAAAGCUUGGAAUCUUACAAGACGUGGUGGCGGAUGAUGUGCCAGAUGAUCCUACGGCGCAGGCUCAGGUUCUCAAUAGCGGAGUCCUCAGCGGGCAGCUGCUCGGCGUCUUCAGCGGCAAGGACGUAGUGACGGAUGAUGUGCCAGGCGAUCCUCCUGCGAAGGCUCAGGUUCUCAACGGAGGAGUCGUGGUCGGGGGACAGCUCGGAGUCGUCGGCGGAGGAUUCCUCAGCGAGGACGUAGUGGCGGAUGAUGUGCCAGGCAAUCCUCCUGCGAAGGCUCAGGUUCUCAACGGAGGAGUCGUGGUCGGGGGACAGCUCGGAGUCGUCGGCGGAAGAGUCCUCAGCGAGGACGUAGUGGCGGAUGAUGUGCCAGGCGAUCCUCCUGCGAAGGCUCAGGUUCUCAACGGCGGGGGACAGCUCAGAGUCGUCGGCGGAGGACUCCUCAGCGAGGACGUAGUGACGGAUGAUGUGCCAGGCGAUUCUGCGGCGAAGGCUCAGGUUCUCAACGGAGGAGUCGUGGUCGGGGGACAGCUCGGAGUCGUCGGCGGAGGAUUCCUCAGCGAGGACGUAGUGGCGGAUGAUGUGCCAGGCAAUCCUCCUGCGAAGGCUCAGGUUCUCAACGGAGGAGUCGUGGUCGGGGGACAGCUCGGAGUCGUCGGCGGAAGAGUCCUCAGCGAGGACGUAGUGGCGGAUGAUGUGCCAGGCGAUCCUCCUGCGAAGGCUCAGGUUCUCAACGGCGGGGGACAGCUCAGAGUCGUCGGCGGAGGACUCCUCAGCGAGGACGUAGUGACGGAUGAUGUGCCAGGCGAUUCUGCGGCGAAGGCUCAGGUUCUCAACGGAGGAGUCGUGGUCGGGGGACAGCUCGGAGUCGUCGGCGGAGGAUUCCUCAGCGAGGACGUAGUGGCGGAUGAUGUGCCAGGCAAUCCUCCUGCGAAGGCUCAGGUUCUCAACGGAGGAGUCGUGGUCGGGGGACAGCUCGGAGUCGUCGGCGGAAGAGUCCUCAGCGAGGACGUAGUGGCGGAUGAUGUGCCAGGCGAUCCUCCUGCGAAGGCUCAGGUUCUCAACGGCGGGGGACAGCUCAGAGUCGUCGGCGGAGGACUCCUCAGCGAGGACGUAGUGACGGAUGAUGUGCCAGGCGAUUCUGCGGCGAAGGCUCAGGUUCUCAACGGAGGAGUCGUGGUCGGGGGACAGCUCGGAGUCGUCGGCGGAGGAUUCCUCAGCGAGGACGUAGUGGCGGAUGAUGUGCCAGGCAAUCCUCCUGCGAAGGCUCAGGUUCUCAACGGAGGAGUCGUGGUCGGGGGACAGCUCGGAGUCGUCGGCGGAAGAGUCCUCAGCGAGGACGUAGUGGCGGAUGAUGUGCCAGGCGAUCCUCCUGCGAAGGCUCAGGUUCUCAACGGCGGGGGACAGCUCAGAGUCGUCGGCGGAGGACUCCUCAGCGAGGACGUAGUGACGGAUGAUGUGCCAGGCGAUUCUGCGGCGAAGGCUCAGGUCCUCAACAUCGGAAUCAUCAACAGGGGACAGCUCAGAGUCCUCGGCGGGAGCGUUCUCGGAGUCCAAGAACAUGAAGGGGAGGCGGCGGAGGACACCCAUGGCAACCCGGCGGGCCACAUGGCGUUCCACAGCAUGGCGGACUUCGUGGUGGUCGUCACGACGAGCCUCCACACUGAAGACGGCGAAGAUGGCCAACAGAACUAGGAACUUGAACAUUUUGAUUUAGAUGUUUCUG